CGACCUGUCUGUGAAACGUGAAGAGCUUGAGGAGGUCACAGCUGUGCAGAAACUGACAGGCGGCUCGAGCUUCGCAGCGCAGUGCAUCGCCCGGCACACGGUACACCCCUCCAACGUAACGAUUCAGAAAAAUCUCGAGCAGAUCAUCGACCCGUGGUCCGCCGCAUCCCAGAAUAGCAGCUGUCAACCGCGGCAUGUCCAGCAUGGACGCAGACGUCCAUCUCCAGCCCCGAGAAAGGCUGCGAGGGUUGAGCGUGAUCUCGUAUCUUGAGGUAUUACCGACUCCGGCGUAUGUUACGGGGUGUGGGGGCGAUGUCAGGGUGAUUUGGCGAAAUCCGGUAUAUGAGAUGGAGAUCGGGACUGGAGACACUCUGCCCGUUACUAUGGACGAGAGGGGGCCCGGGGAUGGGUAUGUGUGGACGCAUGUUCCGGUGGAGGGGAUGUUUAUCGUGAGUACGAGUGUUCGGUCACAGAGUUCAUCUGCAUCGACAAGUUCGAUAAGUACGAGUGAGUUGGUCGUCAGCACCGCCCCCACCACCCCCGCCGCAGUCGACGAUGAUUGGACACGGUUAUGGGACAACCAAUGUCUAGGCGGAUCAAACGCCGCGAAACUCCAAUCCGCAUACCAAAAACAUGUCCAAUGCCUCCGAGAAGCAAAUUGGAAACAUGUUGGUCCUACACAUAUCUGGCCGCAGAAUCUGAGGAUGUUGACGAGCUUGGUGCUGGCGUGUCCGUUUCCGUGUGCGCUGUAUUGGGGGCCACAGCAUUCGAUAUUUUAUAAUGCGGCCUACAUUCCUCUCACUGGUGACCGACAUCCGGAUAUGCUGGGGAAGAGCUACAUUGAAGGGUGGCCAGAGUUGUGGGAAUUCGUGAAAGAUACCUUCGGGAGGGCGUUUCAGGGGGAGGCGGUACACAAGGAUGAUGAUAUGUUAUUCAUGAAUCGAUUAGGAUUCGUGGAGGAGACGUAUUUCUCGUGGAGUAUUGUCCCGAUUCGGGAUGAGAAUGGGGAGGUGUGUGGGUUGCUGAAUCCGGCGUUCGAGGGGACUAGACGCGUGAUUGCUGCUCGAAGAUUGCAUACGUUGAGGGAGUUGGGGAGUAAGAUUGCGAGCGUGAAGAGUGUUGAGGAGUUUUGGGAGGCGGUAAAGGCUGGGGUGGACGACAAUAAGAGAGAUAUUCCGAUAUUGGUGACGUAUUCGAUCAAAGCUACACCCGGGGAACAAACGAAACAUGCGAAGUUUGAGUUUACGAGGGAGUGUGUGGUGGGCUUACCUGAGGACCAUGGGUGCAUUCCGCCCAAGUUAACGUUGGAGACGAAGGAGGAUGUGGAGUACUCGGAUAUUACGUUCGAACGACAAAUCUUUGAGGCGUUCUUGACGCAUGAGAGUGUUGUCGUCGAUGACCUACGCAAGUUAACGGGUGAUAUACCCAGUCGGGGGUGGGGGGAUCCGGUGAGGAAGGUUAUUGUAAGUCCGGUUAUCGCGAGUGAGUAUGAUAUACCACUCGCGGUGACGGUGUUGGCGUUGAAUCCGAGGAGGCCGUAUAAUGAGGAUUAUCGGACGUUUAUUGAGUUGCUGGGACGGAGUUUCGUGACCGGGUUGGCAAGUGCGAGAUUGGUUGAAGAGGAGUUAAGACAUGCGAAGCAGGAGAUUGAGAGGAGGGAGGAGGUUGAGCAGCUACUCGUAAGACGGACGAAGGAGCUGAGACUCUCGGAGGGCAGGUUCGGAAGGAUGGCGGAGGGGAGUCCAGCGGGGAUUUUCAUAGCGGAUGCGACGGGACAUGUUACGUUCGUCAACGAAGCCUGGUACGAGUUUUCGCAGUUUCCAAAGGACAAGGAUCCGGAUCAUUGGCUUGAUUCGGUUCAUCCCGAAGACAAAUAUCGUUUACAGGAGUUUUGGGAUCAGUUGCUUUCGGGAGGGAAGGCGGAGGCCGAGUUUAGGUGGGUUGUGGAGAAAAACGGGUAUGAGCGCUGGUGUGUCGCGGCGGGAACUCCGGAGCUGGAUGAUGAGGGACAUGUACUCAAUGUUCUUGGUGUAUGUCUGGAUAUCUCGGAGAGGAAAAGGCAUGAAGCCCUCCAGAAACGAAUUGCGGAGGAAGCAUUGGAGAGUAAACGCCAACAGGAGUAUUUCAUCGACAUGACGAGUCAUGAGUUGCGGAAUCCGUUGAGUGCGAUUAUUCAGCUUUGUGAUUUGGUUGCGGAUAUGUUGCAUCGGUUGCAGAAGGGGGCGACGCUACGGCACGCACCGGCGGAGAUUCAUCAGGAUAUUGCGGAGUCGGAUGAGGCGAUUAAGACGAUUACGUUGUGUACGAGUCACAUGAAGCGGAUUAUCGAUGACACACUUACGUUGUCGAAGUUGGAUUCGUCGCUUUUGUUGGUUACGCCGGUUGAUUGCCAGCCACUCAAGAAAGUCAAGUCUGUGCUCAAGAUGUUUGAGGCAGAAGUACAGUCGAAAGACAUUGAUAUGAAAUUCGAGGUGGACGAGAGUUGGGAGAGGAUUGGGGUUGACUGGGUCAAGGCUGAUCCGUCCAGAUUUUCGCAGGUGUUGAUCAAUUUGUUGACGAAUGCGAUCAAGUUUUCGUAUAUGAGGCCUGUGAGAAAGAUCACUGUGCGGAUUGCGGCGAGCUUGACGAGGCCGGCUGCGAGGCCCUUGACGGAGUGUGAUCAUGACCACACUCAGGGGCAGCAAGGUGAACAGCCGUAUUCCAUGACACGGCAAAACUCGCAGGAGAGUGUUGUGUCGGUUGGGAAUACGAGUAAUGCGGAUGCUGUCAGUCUCUACCCUGAGACUGAGAACACGAUAUAUCUGUCGUUCUCGGUUGUUGACACCGGACGUGGGUUGAGUCCUAGUGAGCGCGCGAUGCUCUUCCAGCGUUUCUCGCAGGCUACGCCGAGGACGCAUGUGGAGUAUGGCGGUAGUGGACUGGGCUUGUUCAUUUGUAGAAAGUUGACGGGGUUGCAGGGUGGUGAGAUUUCAGUGCAGAGUAAGGAGAAUGAAGGGUCGACCUUCUCUUUCUACAUCCAUGCUGAGCGGGGAUCUGCGCCAGAGGAGGGUGAGAGUGCUGCACCAGUUGAGCAAAGGAGGAGGUCGGUUGCUGAGGUGGCUGAUGGCGUCCCUAAGUCGGAGCUUGGAGCACUGAAGACUGCGAGUACGCCUACUGCGAAGGAGGAAGUUGCCAGGACUGUCAAUGAAGCGAAGCUUGAUAAGCUUAGUAUUUUGGUUGUGGAGGAUAACCUCAUUAACCAGAAGGUGUUACAGAAGCAGCUUACUGCGGCGGGGUGUGAAGCGCGUGUUGCAAAUAACGGACAGGAGGCAUUGGAUAUCAUCUUCAGUUCGGCUUUGGCUGCUGAUACACCCGCAGAAGCACCGAAGAUCGAUGUCGUUUUGAUGGACGUCGAGAUGCCCGUCAUGGACGGACUGACAGCUGCCCGACACCUCCGCGCAGCCCUCCAAGAAGGCAAGCUUCGCAGCCGCGUCCCGUUGAUUGCGGUGAGCGCCAACGCACGACGAGAACAGAUUAAAGAAAUGUUAGAAGCGGGGAUGGACGAUACAGUUGGCAAGCCAUUCCGGAUACCAGAGUUGAUGGCUAAGAUCAGAGAUUUGCUGGAGAAGUUGGCGUUGCAUGCUUGA